AAGGAGGCCCAUCCUCUUGUGGGCCGACAAUGUAGCUAGUAGGACCAUCAUCUCGUGGGCUUAGACGAGCACACGAACGAGGAGAAGGGAUAAGGUCAUCGUCCUCUCAUCCCCAUUCGCACUCGCGCACCUUCUUUCUUGGUCGACGAUGUGGCUGCUCUCCUCCUCUCCUCCCUGCUCGCUUCAUCCCGCAUCUCUCCCGCCCUCACUUGAUUUGUUCUUUUGUUCUUUUUGAAGCAUCUUCCCAUCCCAGGUGAUUCGAAACAGCAACAGAGUGCUGCGGUGCAAGGCCGCAAAACCAUGGCGGCGGCCGUCCAUUGUGCUAGGGUGGUGCCUUCUAUGACCUCUGAGUAUGGUGCUGGCUCAUCUUCAAGAAUCAAAUUCUCAUACUAUAAGUACUGUGCAGCGUUGGAGUUAGUUCUACAACAAAACAGAUUUCGAGAACACAAUCGAUUAAUCCACUAUCGGGAAUUCAUUUUGCCGCGGUCAUCAUUGAAACAAGAAGCUUACAAACAUUUGGUCCAUGACAUGGAUGAACACUGUUCCCAUCAUUCCUCUUGCUUACAGCCAUCGACAAGAAAGAGGGAUGUGAAGAAGCUAGUGCAAGAACAUUCACCUUGUCAGCCAUCAACUCUACAGGCUGAUGCUUAUACUACUGGUUUGUCGAUGAAGGAAAUUGAAAGAAGACGGAAGAUUGGUGCAGCGAACAAGGGAAAGGUUCCCUGGACAAAGGGGAGGAAACUAAGCAAAGAGCACAAGGAACUCAUCAAGCGAAGGACUACCGAGGCUCUUAGAGAUCCCAAGGUUAGGAAGAAAAUGCUAGGACAUCGACAAUUGCAUAGACAAGCAAGCAAAGACAAAAUAGGUGCUGCAUUGAGAAAGAUCUGGGAGAGGCGAAUGGUGGCUGUCAAAGCAAGACAGGAGGUUCUUCGCAUAUGGUCAAAUAGCAUUGCAGAAGCAGCAAAAUAUGGUGACUACUGCCAAGAUAAGCUGGAUUGGGAUAGCUAUGACAGGAUAAAGUCUGAGAUGAUAUCAAUGUUCCUAUGGAAUAAAGAGAGGGAAAGAAUAAUGAAGAAGCUUGAAAAGGCAGAGGCGAAAAUUGUAGCCAAGAAGCUUCAGGCAGCAGAGAGAAGUAAACUACAAACUAGAGGGAUAAAAAAGCUGCAACAUCAGAAGUUGGUUCUGCGAAAAUCAGAUGCUCAGCCGACACGAGUGGUAGUAUCUACAAGACCAAAACUCAAGGAGAGAUUAACCAAGUGGCAUGAUCGAAAAAAGGAACUUGAGACCAUGAUAAGUUCAAGGACAAGGAAAGGAGUUGGAUUGCGAAGAUCAACGCCGAGGCGAAAGGCAGCAGAAAGGCGAGCAGAAGUGGAUUUGGUGGAGGAGCUGCGCAUAACUUGCAAAGACAGGCUUCCUCGCGAAAUCCACCACCAAGGCGAAACACAACCCUGAGCAAUUGCCAUGUCCAGGGAGUGGCUAUAACGCGGUUUUUAUGCUAGAGAAGGGUUCAUGCCAUGCCAGCAUCAAUGGUGCAGUGAAGGCAUAUCAUUACUCUUGAGGAUGACCAGCGUAUGUGAUAUUCUGUUUCACGGUUUUGUUUCCAGGGGUCAAUGUGUAUCAAGUGUCAUGUACUGGCUCUUCAGUUUUGUUAUCAUUGUUCUUGUUCUUGAUUUUUAAGUCCCAAUUAAUACUGUCAUUGCUAAUGUGAAGUCUCCUGUCGAUUGAUUUGAUAAAAACAUGAUUCGGUGGGGUAACUAUUAGUAGUGGUAUUGAUCAA